AUGGCUCCAACUAACACGAUUGAAAAGAAACCAAUCAGUUUCUCCAACAUCCUCCUAGGUGCUGGGUUGAAUAUGGCAGAAUGUACCACCUUGGGACAACCAUUGGAAGUUAUUAAAACCACCAUGGCCGCUAACCGAUCAUUGACCAUGGCCCAAGCCGCCAAACUCGUCUGGAGUCGUGGUGGUGUCUUGGGAUUCUACCAAGGCUUGAUUCCAUGGGCAUGGAUUGAAGCCAGUACUAAAGGUGCCGUAUUGUUGUUUGUUUCCGCUGAAGCUGAAUAUCGAUUCAAGACAUUGGGGCUCAGUUCAUUUGUUAGUGGAAUGGGUGGGGGUAUUGCGGGUGGGUUGGCUCAAGCUUAUUUGACAAUGGGGUUCUGUACAUGUAUGAAGACUGUUGAAAUCACCAGAGCUAAACAAGCAGCAGUUAGUGGUGCUCCACAACAAACCAGUUUUCAGGUGUUUAAAGAUAUUUACAAAAGGGAAGGUAUCAGAGGUAUCAACAAGGGUGUCAAUGCUGUAGCAAUUCGUCAAAUGACCAAUUGGGGUUCUCGUUUUGGUUUUUCAAGAUUGGCUGAAGAUGCAAUUAGAAAAUUAUCAGGUAAAGGUGAAAAUCAAAAAUUGUCCAAUGUUGAGAAAAUCGCCAGUAGUGUUAUUGGUGGUGGAUUAAGUGCUUGGAAUCAACCAAUUGAAGUUAUUAGAGUUGAAAUGCAAAGUAAAACUAAUGAUCCAAAUAGACCAAAGAAUUUGAGUGUUUGGGGUGCUGCUAAAUACAUUUAUCAAAAUAAUGGUAUCAAGGGAUUGUAUAGGGGUGUUACACCAAGGAUUGGGUUGGGAGUAUGGCAAACGGUGUUUAUGGUUGCCUUUGGUGAUAUUUUCAAAAAAUUGUUAAACACUGAAGGUACAGGACAUUAA